GACACGCAGUGCAACAUUAGGAGACAGAGCCAGCAGCCACUCCCCCGGACGCGCGACUUGUCACUGUCCGAAUCGAGCGGAUGCGAGAAAAGAAGAAAGUGAAGAAACAAAAUGUAAACAAUGAGAGUUGAAAGUGCAUGUUUAACCUGCGGAGAAAAAUAGUGUCGAUUUGCUAGGGAAUUUGUAGAUAUUUCGCCUUGUGGAGGUGUUUUGGAAGUAGGGUUGAAGACGUAGACCUCACACCAACGUUCGCCCAAACUUACCUCACCUGUGUUAACACGAAUCAAACCACCUGCGUGAACUCCUACAACGAUCCAACAAGAACGACUGGUAGGGUAACAUUCCCCAUGUUGGGCCCAAACAUACGGUUGAACUUCAGAGCAAAAUAAACAACCAGUGCCAGAAGUAAACAGUGAAGAGGGAAACCACUUCUUUUUGAGUUGCUGAACAACAAAAACUUCGGCUACUACAAAAAUCUGGUUCACCCAUCCGAACAAUGUAUAUGCAAGGUUCACAACAUUUAUGAAUGUGUGCCAAAAUGUGUACAAAAUGGCUUGCGCGUGUGUGUCAGCCAGCAGCAACGUCGCGGUCGAGGCCGCGGUUCAUUUAGUCUUUUGUGAAACUGCGCGUGUGCGACUCUCCGCGGACAGAAAUGGCAGACGGUGCCGGCGAAGUUCCGGCAAACAACCCAGAUGCAGAUCCUGUUUGACCACAACAGUAAGAUCAACGAGAUCCCGCUGUAUUCGACGAUCCGGGGCGUGUUCUGCUCGUCAAUUACUUUGAGAGCAGCCGAUGGAGAUGGCCGUCAACGGGAAGCUGGUGCCGGGACUGCAGAACAACGGCGGGCCGUGCAGAUUGCAUCCAGAUGUGGUGAACCGCAUUGUCGGAAUGGUUCCGAACCAGAUCGUGAAAAUCAUCGACAAGAACAAUCUUCCGGUGUACCCAUCGUUGCUGGUUAACCUUGACGCAAAAAAUAUCAAGGAGACGCAUCGCACUUCGCUCGAGUUGGACGUCAAGUCUGUGUUGGGAAAAUCUGAUGGACCACUUCAAGCAGCCGGUGAGGCCAAGGAGUCCAAGAACGCUCGGUGUGCUGGAAACCGGGUUCAAGAGGCAGGUUUCGGAGUUCCGCAUCACCGGCCGGAAACAAAGAGCAACGAGGCAGCCGCUUGAGGAGUUACUCCUCCCGGAAACGGUCCCACUCCAAGCGAUCUCCUGCAAGAAACAAACGGAGCCGCUCCCGUCCAAGGAAUCAAGUGCAGUGCUCCAAGUCCUGUCAUUAUAGCUUAAUAAAAGUUGAACAAUAAAAUACUUUGUUUUAUAAUUUGAAAAGAAAAUAAAACACCAAUUUAAUAUAAAAACUAAA